AUGGUAUUUAAGCCCUUCAAACCUCCUUUGAUAAGGAAGCCUCAAGCAGAAGGUGCUACCGAAGAUCAGGAUUCAUCAACACUCAAGCCCAAUUCCCAGAAGGAGGAGCAGACGUCCACAUCUGGAACAGGAACGACACCAGCACUUGGAGCACGGAAGCCUCUGCUUCAAGUCAGAAACGUGGGGAAAGAUUCCGGGGCGCAGGCCACGCCUGGAUCCCAGCCUAUCAGGUUGGUAGGUGAUGAGAGGUUUUACAAUGUUCUCUGGAGAAAGCCCACCACUAAGAAGAACAAGACCUGGGAUGGCGACGGUAUACUUACAGCCCGUGCGGGGAGUGUCUUAUUGCGAGAUGUUGGUGGAAAAGACAUGGGCCGGGCGGCGUUUGAAUCCGAACUCGAGCCCGGGAAGAUGCUUUAUGUGAGCGGCAAAGAGGUCGAGAUUGAACACGAAAUUCCUCGCAGAGAGUAUCUAGCUGGGAAGAACUUUCUACAAGUUGGGAAACCAACCUCCACCCGGCCGAAGCUCCCAACAAAAUCAUUGGCCAUGCUACAAAGAAAUGGUGAAAGCAACUCCUUAGGUCGCACUGGAUCAUUGAAAAGAGGCUCAUCAGCCAUGGACGGCGAAUCCAAAGAUCACUCCGGGUUUGGUGCCUAUAAGAAGCCUUACGUUGAUGAUAAAAUCAUGCCAAGCAAUCCAGCUAAGAUUGUUCCUCGCCAUGAUCCAAACGCACCAGGAGCUUUGGUUAUGCCACGACCAACAUCCGUUCCCAAUGGAAAGCAUAUCGUCGAUGUAGUUGUUGAUCCACUUUUAACGAAGUCAUUGCGACAACAUCAACGGGAAGGUGUACAGUUUUUGUAUGAAUGCGUCAUGGGAAUGCGGUCGUUUAACGGAGAAGGAGCGAUUUUGGCCGACGACAUGGGACUGGGCAAAACAUUACAAACUAUUGCUUUGUUGUGGACCCUUCUCAAGCAAAACCCGAUCUAUGGGGAUCCUCCCGUGAUCAAGAAGGCCUUGAUCGUCUGUCCAGUCACUCUUAUCAAUAACUGGCGAAAGGAAUUUCGCAAGUGGCUCGGUAACGAGCGUAUAGGCGUAUUCGUCCUUGAUAAUAACCAGAGGCGUCUUACCGAUUUUACUAAAGGGCGAUCCUACAACAUUAUGAUCGUUGGCUAUGAGAAGUUGAGGACCGUUCAAGAAGGCUUGACAAAAGGUGCUGGCGUAGACAUUAUCAUAGCAGACGAAGGUCAUCGACUCAAAACACUGCAAAACAAAAGUGGACAGGCUAUUCAAAACCUGAACGCUGCAAAGAGAGUCAUUCUCUCUGGUACUCCGAUUCAAAACGACCUGAAAGAAUUCUUUGCUGCGGUUGAUCUCGUAAAUCCUGGAAUCCUUGGUACAUUCAAAGGAUUCAUCCGAGAGUUCGAAACGCCCAUUGUGCGUAGCAGACAACCAGAAGCGACAAGAAAGGACAUCGAGAAAGGAGAAUCCCGAAAUGAAGAGCUCCGAGAGCUCACAUCCAAAUUCAUUUUACGACGAACAGCAGAUAUUCUAGCCAAAUAUCUGCCCCCAAAGACAGAAUAUGUCCUCUUCUGCAACCCAACUCGCCCGCAAGCAAACAUCUAUCAGGCUGUCCUCGCAUCACCCAUAUUCCAAUCAGCAAUGGGCAACGCCGAAAGUGCUCUCCAACUCAUCACUAUAUUGAAGAAACUCUGCAACAGCCCCUCGCUCCUAACAGCAAAAAACAACGACAACUCACCCAACGAAACAAUUGCCGCCCUCCUCUCCUCCAUCCCACAGAAUCUCAUGCGCAAUUUCUCCCCUUCCGCAAGCGCAAAAGUCCGAGUCCUCGAUCAAAUCCUCGAUAACAUGCGAAACAACACUACAGAGAAAAUCGUCCUCGUCUCAAAUUACACAUCGACCCUCAAUCUCCUCGCAUCCCUUCUAUCAUCCCUCGGUCUUUCCUUCCUCCGUCUAGACGGAAGCACUCCCGCCCAAAAACGGCAACCCCUCGUCGACGAAUUCAACCGCCAACCCGCAGAUAAAUGCUUUGCCUUCUUACUUUCCGCCAAAGCAGGCGGAACAGGUCUCAACCUUAUCGGCGCAAGUCGGCUCAUUCUUUUCGACGUGGACUGGAAUCCCGCGACAGAUAUGCAAGCUAUGGCUCGUAUCCAUCGCGACGGACAAAAACACCAUUGUCGCAUUUACCGUGUCAUUUUGAAGGGUAGUCUUGAAGAAAAGAUCUGGCAGCGACAGGUUACCAAGCUUGGUCUUGCAGAUAGUGUAAUGGAGCACAAGGAUAGUGUUUCGCAGUUUUCAUCUGCCGAGUUACGAGAUCUCUUCCGUCUUGACGAGGAAAGUAGUUGCCAAACUCAUGACCUGUCAGGCUGUGACUGUGGAGGAAGGGGGUUUACUGCCUCGACCUUCUCAUCGUCUUCAGCUCCUGCAACGCCUAAUCCGAAGGAUGGGAAUGCAAAUGGAGAUGAUGACUCUGAGCUUUCGGAACUAAGUGAUGCCCCCUCUGACGAUGAGGAAGAGGAUGUCAAAUUCCCAAAACUAAUGAAAGCAUCCGAAGUCGACAUGGACGCCCAAGAACGCUCUAUCCACGAAUCUUCGCGAAGAGGCCGGAAACAGAAAGAAUCAAUGCAUCAGUCUUUAGCACAAUAUGCGCACAUUGACCCCUCGCUUCUUUCUAAUGCCGAUGAUGAAGAAGAGAUUGCUUCAGCCGUUGAUGACGAUGUACUCCUUUCUUUAUUGAAAGAUGAAUGUAAUCGGAUCGGGUAUAUUUUCAAAAAGGCCAGCAGGGCUGAAGUUGAAGUUAAAGUUGGAUUGAAGGAAAAUGAUGAGAUUGUUAACUCUGAAAAUUGA